AUGGAUUCUAAAUUGGCUAGCAUUUAUCGUUCGAUGAAUGUGAAUCACCUCCUGGACGAUGAGUUAGAAUACGAGCUGGCACUACGCAAAGUGGUGUUUACAAGUGGUGAAUCUAGGGAUAUAAAACGGAGAAAAUUACGUGGUGCUAUGAAAGAGGAACGAGAAUCGAACCGUUUUGUAUCGAGGACAAUAGUAGAAGAGGCCCGUGAAGGUGAAUCGCGUCAGGUAGGUGAGAAACUAGCGAUGAUUAGGGAUUCGUUAGAAAACAGGAAGGCGAAGAAAACAGAACUUCCACAGCUAGAAACGCGUCUAGUUCAUCUGUAUUUCCGGUUGCUGCGUUUGAAGAAAGUAUUCAAUACUGCUGGGUUGGAACAAAUCGCCCUUGGUCUGUUGAGAGAAUAUUUCGCAGGGAAUAGCAGGGACCCAGAAGUUGUAGGGGAAUACUCUAAAAGGUCGCUUGAUCGCCCAAGCGACUUGAAUGCCCAUCAACCUGGGAAUGAAGUGAGCGAAGAAAGUGAGGAGGAAGUGGAAGAAGAAUCGAACCCGCGAACUGAGAGCGAAAACGUAGAAAGUAGUGAAGAGAACUCAGAAGAACUUGAUUUUACCGUGAGAAAUUUGAACAGUAGGAGGUCCAGCACGCCCAAGGUUCAAGAUAAUAAGGUCGUCAACGCUGAUGAACUGUUUGACAGGAUCAUGCAGCAAGUGGAAAAAGUGAUCACUUCCAAGUUGAAGACUUUGGACCUUGGAGCUAAAACCAGACAGCGUAGGGAAGUCAGAGAAAAGAUGAAGGUACCGAGUAAGCAGACCAAAACGGCUGAGAAGCCGCAGUAUUUGAAAGUAGAAAAUAGCAAGCAACCGAAAAAGAAGGAUGAACAGAGAGAUGCGGAGAAAUUGAAGUUGAUUAAAAAACGAAAUAGGGUUGUGUCGGAAUCAUCGGAUGUUAGUAGAGCUAGUGAGAGGGAAACUGAUCAUGAUAGCGAGCAAACAGAGACCGAGACGGAGGACGAAGAACAACAGAGAAUCGGACAAAGGUUGAAACGAAGGCCCAGACCAGUAUGUGACUGGAAAUUGAAGUAUGAUGGAAAAGACGAGGGAAGAGGUUUGAACAAGUUCGUUUCCGAGGUGGAGUACAUGGCCGAAGCGGAGAACAUUAGCAAGCGUAGUUUGUUCAAUGAAGCGAUCCAUCUGUUUUCUGGAGAUGCUAGGGCGUGGUACAUAGAAGGGAGAAGGAACCGGGAGUUUCGCAAUUGGAAUGAGCUGGUGGUCGAAUUGAAGGUGGAAUACCAGCCACCCGAUAUGGACUACCACUACGAGCAGCAGGCAGCAUCCAGAAGGCAAAAGCGUGGAGAAAAGUUCCAGGAUUAUUAUCAUGCGAUCAAGGAGAUUUUUGAGCAGAUGUCAGCUCCGCCAACGGAUCAGCGAAAAUUUGAGAUCAUCUUUCGUAAUCUCCGUUCGGACUAUAAAAACUCCUUGUUAGUUAAAGGAGUCCGAACGUUGAGAAUGUUGAAGGUGUGGGGGCGGAAGUUGGACUCGGCCAACUGGUUUCUGUACCGCAAGCAGGAGAGUGAACAUGGAGCGAGGUCAGCACAAGUGCACGAGAUCAACGGACCGAGUCCCGCACGUGAGUACAGGCCUCCAAGAAACAACUGGAAGAAAACGAGUUCUAGAAGUAGUCAACCGUAUAGAACUCAGAAUUCGGCGAGAUAUCAGGGUCCCAAAAACGACUAUCGGGGUCCAAGAAGAUCUACACCAGAACGAGCCAAGCGAGAGCCACCGGCGAAACCGAAGCAAGUGCAGUCCAACGAAGACCCAAAAGAAGGAAGCAGCAAGGACCAUUUACAAAAGCGGAUUGAAGAGUAUCGGAUUCCGGAGAGGACGGUAUGUUUCAACUGUCGAGGGAAUUAUCAUCACUCAAGCGCCUGUUUGAAAGCCAAGGAGGUGUUCUGUACGACUUGCGGCUUCCAAGGAUUCUCGAAACCAGAUUGUCCAUUUUGUGCAAAAAACGGAAAGCGGUCGAUGUGA